AUGCCCAGACACGGCCUCCACCUCGCUUCUCCGACCGAGGAUGAUGCCGGCUGCACGUGUUUUGGAGCAUUCCCUACCCCUGCCAGCACGCUGUCGAGCGUCCGUGUAACAGAAGAUGAAAUCCUCCCUGCAUCCCUUUUCGUGCCGCUUGGCCGCCCGGAAUCCGCUGCAGCCGAUCCCGAGAAGGCGCUCCCGUGGGUGUCGGAGUGCGCCGUCCAUCUGCAGCUGCUCGAGGCCUUUUCCGUCAUGAAAGCAAAAUGCUUGAAGUCGAAAAAGCUCACCCGCUCGCUCGGCCUGAGCAAGUACUUUGCCUUGGCCUUGGCCAACAGCGAGAAGCGAGACCAACUCUCUCGCGCCAAGUGGGACACGUUCGUUUCUCUUGCUGUCAUUCGAUUUAAGAAGUGGUGGGAUGUGCUCCCUGAGAUUCUGCGUGAAACGAACGAGGGCAAAUCCAAGCCGGAGAUGACCCUGAGAACCUUCCCUCCGCUUGAUGUGCUCAUGAUCUGGAUAACCCAAUUAUUCUCGCCCGACCACUAUAGGAACAUGUGCCAGGACUCAAUUAAGGAGUGGGACGUUUCUGCCAUGGAGUUUCCCUGGGAACUGCUGCAUUCCAUCAUCGAUCCUUAUGACAGCACCUACAACCUUCCCAAAGAAGCUGAGCGCUAUUUUCACGAGAAGACCGGCCUCGAUGCAGACCUCUACGCGCAUUUGACCGAUGUCAGUGCGCACGACCGCCUCUCACGGAUGUACCUUCACCGCUUCGCCCUGUCCCAGCUUCCCGGAGCCAAGAAGUUCAACACGAAGGAGCUGGAUGCCCGGCCCAGCGAUUUCUCGCAGCUCAUGCGCGACUAUGCCAUGUGGAACUUCGCCAUCAAGACGCUCAAGCCAGUGGUCCAGAGCCAGGAGAACUUCUGGGACAAGAUGAACCAAGCCGGCUGGCUGCGCAGUCCUCACCCUGCCUUUACGCUCACACGAGCGAUAGCACGCUACCGCCAGUUUCUGCAGCUGCGAAACCUGCAUCCGAACUCUGGUGAGCUGCUGCCGACGAGCGCCAUCGAGCUGGCCUGGAGGACGCACCAGUGCUCGCCGACGAGGUACGCCGUAUCCACAACCGAGAUUGCCGGUCGCUUUAUCAACUACGACGACGGUAUGGCCAAGUACGCUGCCGUGACGGGCGGCUUCGCCAAAGCCGAGAAACUGUACAAGCAAGAGUUCGGACAGGACUACGACCCGUGCAUGUGUUGGAGCUGCGAGGCCGAGCUCGCAGAGAAGCAAGCAGUCGACUCUAACGACGACGAGAACAUGCGCAGGGCGGAAGCCAAGGUUGGGCGAGCGCUGGAGGUGGAGAGAGCAAGGAAAGCAGGUAAAAUUGUCCGCGCAUGA